UUCCGCCAUCGGCGCCCGCGACGUACGGACGUGAAAAGACGCGAGCACGGCAUAUCGUUUGGGCGGACAACGUGAAGUUUUUACGAGCAAAACGUUUAUUUAUAUUCGGACACGCGCGCACGUUGAAACGUAUCGGUGAACAGGAGAAAACACCGUCAAGAGGGAAACAGAUAUAUCGGCUUGGUAAAAAAUCGUACAAGUGAUUCGAAGCGUGAUUCACGGGUAACUUGUGUGAAAUUAGUGCGACGAAGAGUCUUCGAGUGAGAGUAGUAGAAAAUCCAGAGAGGGGGGCCAUCGAUUGUCCUUUGUGUGAUCGUCGUUUAACGGCUUCUCGUUUCUUCGGGACGCCAGCAGACCCCGGCAGGGACACGAACGAACCAGUCCGAAUAGAAAUUCGUGGCUUUCUUCGUUCGAGGCCCAAAUUGCCAGUUCUACGUCGUGUUUUACCUGCGCGUCCCUCUCGCACACACACAACGAAGGUAUCCCCGUUGAAGGUCUCGUCCCGUGAGUUCGGAGACGUGGAAUGAUAUUACGAUUUCGUCGAAUCGAAGGUGCAGCCAGGCUGGUUAGGCGCGACGUGACACGCGAACGGAGUACUUGACAACGUUAGGUAAGGGAACGACCACUCACGGAUCGACCAGACCAAUCGAAUAAAAGCGGCUUUUCUCUUUUAUCGCGAAGAGGGAAAAUUGUAUAUUUGGUCAGUGAAACGAGAGUUUUUCGGUUGGCAAGUGCGGGGGAAAACAACGAAUAUCGGGCAAUCCUUGAAAUUUCAGCUUGUGACACGGUUGUGCUUCGGUGAAUAAAGAAAUCGAUAGAUCGUAAAUCGAUAGGUGAGACGCGAACGGUCGUUGUUGGUGCUCGUUCUUUAUUCGAUAUAUAUGUAUAUUGUGUUCAUCUGAUUCCAUUGUACGAUUGGAAAGUGCAAGAAGAUCCAACUUUACAGAUUCGACACACGAGGAGCAACGAUAUUCUUCAGAGGCCGUUGGAGCUCUCUCGGCCGGGAAGACGAAGAGAAGGGCAACGCGCGGCUAAGCUCGUCGUAACGGAGGAAAGGAAAACUCGCCGGCUUCUAGACGGCACUGGGCUUUCUUCUUUUCUCCCCCUCUCUCUUGUUGGCUUGCACGAAAUCGCGUGACGCUCCGACGGUACCCGCGUACAAAUGUCGCCUCCUUCUUGAUCGCGACGUUCCGUGAUCGCAGCUGUUCCUCCUUUUUAUGCGGUUCCUCGGGAAAUUCGAUUGCCGAGUGGCUCGGUGAAAUCGAGAGGAAAACCACCGAAACAAGAAACUACGAGAUACGGUGUCGAGAGACGGAGAGAGAUCGAAAGGAAAGAGAGUACAAAGAAGCGAACGUGGAGGUACGCAUGGAUGUAGCGGACGAGCAUACGGCCCACUCGGAGUAGGACAAAGGGCAAGUGCGAGACAGAGAAGAGAGCAAAGGACGGAGAAACUGGAAAGGAUGCGUCCGAUUCGCCUGUGAUCGAACGUGGGUCUGCUUUUGGUGCGUAGGUGAAAGAGUUGUGUGUUGAGGAAAUUGGAGGAAGAGGAAAAGCGACUCGCUUCCGGCGGACUAAGGCGACGUUUACGAUGACAAGGUGUCGGGUAAACAGAAGCGAAUGAGCGACCUACACGUCAUAUUACCAGGUGUGAUGGAGCCUCGUGGAGCCGGCUUUUACUAUGAGCUGAGGCCUCGUAAUUAAUCGGGACUGGCAUGGAGAAGGAGAACUCCGCAUCGGGCGGAGGUGGCGGGGGCGGUGGAGGUGGCGGAGGAGGCGAAGCAGCGGCCACGGCGACUCCAGGCGCCACCUCCGCCUCCGAGAAACUCCAGGCGGACCAGGCCAAUCCGUUGCUCGAUCCGACUGCGCUGUUCGGCGCAUAUUGGCCUCGGGGCGACAGCGCAGCUUCGUCGCUAUUCGGUGGAAUGCCGAGUGGAUAUGGGUUGGGGGCCCAUCAUUUGCCAUCGGCUUACGCCAUUCUGGGCCGUGGAGGAUCCGCUCCUGGUUUCGGGGGCCAUACACCGGCGUCUGCUCCACCGCCACCCCCGUACUCCCAUAGCAGCCUUGGCACUCUGAGCGUGGCUGCCAGUCAAGCUGCGAGUUUAGGCAUCAACCCUGCCAGCGCAGCAUGGUGGACGAUGGCCUCGCAUUUGGCAGCACAGGACUAUCUCGCGAGGCUACAAGGGGCUGCAAGUCUUUCCGGAUUCCCGCCUGGUGCCGAGAGCCUGCUGCCACCUUAUCCUGCCUCUCUACUUAAUCCCCCGUCCCUUUCGUCUCACAAGUCCAGUAAGUCCAAAUUCUGUUACGGAAAACCAAAAGCUAAGUCAAGCAAGAGUCACAAGACGACGGCAGCCAGCAGCGGCAGCUCGACGACGCCGAGCAUGACAAGCAGCAGUUUGCCGGUGUCGACUCAAGCACCGCCGGUCACGUCCUCUCAUCACAGUACCUCGGUCAGCAGCACGCAAAAUUCGCAAACGAACGUCGUCAGUUCUGCGAAAGAGGGCAGCGAUCCUAGCAGUAUAUUAGGAGGUGUGCGACUGCCUCCCGACACGGAGAUCAUCAAGUACACUUCGAGUAUAGUCGGUCCAAAGGUUCCUGGGACAACGAACCGCGGAAGGAAGAAGACCAUAUCCUUAGACACGCCGAGUGUCAGUGUACAUCCACCACCUAGUGUACCUGCUCUCUCUGCUCAUCAGACGAACACCACCACGACGUCGUUGAUGAUGGAACCCAGGAAAUACAAUCGCGCGGCGACCGAGUCGAACGACUACAGGGAGCCAGUGGAUCGUGUAGAAGUGAUCAAAUUGCCAGCGCAUUCUACCAACGGUUCCGUUCUACCGGCACCUACGUCCUACACAACCACCACGAAUGCUAACAACACGAGCGACUCGGAUGCUCCGUUGAAUCUCUCCCUGAAGCCCUCGACGACGAGCGGUAGCUCGCCCAUUUCUGGUAGUCAACCGCUCAGUCAGCUCAGUAAUUUAAGCCAGUCGUUACUUGCCUCUGACAGAACGUCGAGACGAAAGCCCGGGCCGAAGCCGCGAAGAGUGCCCCAGAACUCGGUGCCGGUGCCAGCCUCGCCGAGUCCAUCGUUGGCGCAGUUAUUCGCCGCAGCGGAUUCGCCACAACGGCCAAGUAGCGGAAGCGAGGAAAGCGAGAGUGCUAGCACGACCCAUCACAAAGAUGGUCGACCGAGGAACCUGGGACGUGGCGUGUCCAAACCGAAGAAGAACACCGUCGCCUCGUUGCUGGCUCAAAGCAGAGCCCUGGGGAUUAAACCUACGCCCACCUUGGACCCUAGCGUGCCAUUGUCUCACCAGGUCUCGCUAUUGAGGUCGAACAUUCUGGCUGCACAGCUGCACGCCACCGCCACGGGUCAAGGUGACGAUAAAAAUCAGCGGUCUUUGCAGGAGAAGAUGAAGAACAAACUGCUGGAGGCGUCCGGCGAGGAAAGCAACAUGGACGUGACCAGCGAAAGCGGAAGUAACACGGAUGUUGUGACGGACACCGACGACGACAACGUGGACGGGGUAUCCAGCGCGAAGAGGAGAAAGGUGAAGCCCAGCGAGAGGGAUCUACAGGUUCCUCUGGAACGUGGCUGGAAACGGGAGACUGUCAUCAAGGGAUUAGGGAAGUCGGGAGUGAUAAAGGGUGACGUGUCUUAUUACAGCCCUUGCGGAAAGACGUUCAGGAGCAGUCCGGAUUUGGCGAAGUUCUUGGAGCAACAGAAUCCACCCGAGCUGACUACCGCGAACUUUUCCUUCUCGUCUCGUCCUCUGGUGGGCGAGUUCCUGCAGCCGACAAUGGGCUUAGCGGAGGCGGAAUUCGUUAGGUUGGGUGCACAGGAAGUGGCGAGAAGAUUGGAGGAGCUGAGAGCCGCGGGUGGUUUCAGGGACGCGAGAACAAACAAUCAGUAUGAAAGGGAGAAGCUCGCGUACGCGAAGAAACUCGCGAAGGAAGAAGCACAGCGACACAAGGAACAGGCUAGGCUGAUCAAGGAACAGGAAAAAUCGGAGAGACAGGAAGCAGUGAGACGAGAACGAGAAAUUCGAAAUCAGCAGUUGCUCGAGGGUCGAAAGCGGCUAGCGUUCACGAUCAAGCAGAAAAUGAAGAUCAUCCAAGAGAUCGAACGCGGUAAGAGCAAGAGCGACGUGGCGCGCGAGCUGGGUCUGGCUAGCAGCACGGUGGCCACCAUCUGGAAGAAUCGGGAGAGCAUCGCCGAGAGCUGGAGGAACCGAGACAUGAUGCAACAGCACACCGAUCGCGAAGAGGAGACGAAAAAGCUAUCGUCGUCCGCCGCUUCGAACUUGGUCUCCGUGACGUCGUUGGUAACCAACACGGUGCUCAGCACGAGCACCGCCAACACCAACAAUAGCAACGCCUUGCCGGCCGUCGUGGUGGCACCUCCGCAGGUGCAAGUAGUACCUCCACUGCCACCGCCACCACCGCCACUACCAUUGACGACAACCACCUCCACGACGGUCGUGCCCUCGGCCUCGCAACCAACGCUGCCAUCCACAACUAUCUCCAGCACAUCGUCCACCGGCACCACAACCACCACCACAGCCGCCGCCAACAACGUCGGCUUGGACAAUACCCAGCAGGCCCAGACCCAGACGCAAAGUCAGGAGAUUCUGGAGGCUCGGAAAAAACGGCAGGAAGAGGUGGAGAAGAUACGACUGGAAGAGCAACAACGGAAGCAACAGGAACGAGAACUGAAGCGACAGCAAGCAGUCAUGAUGAAGGAACAGAUGUACAUGCAGGAGCUCACCAAGCAGCGCGAGAUGCUCUACACCGUCGAGCUGGAGAGGGAGAGAAGGAGACAACAUAUGACGUUGGUACGUGCUCUCGAAAAUCGUCGGAAGAUGGAGGAAAGGGAGAAGAAGCGGAUAGAGGCGAGGGCUGAAAGAAUCGCGACGAAAGAGAAACGCGCUGAACAGAGGAAGAUGGAGAUGGAACUCAUUGAACAGAUCAGGAAACCCGUCGAAGAUAUGGAAUUAACAGAUCAUAGACCACUGCCAGAAAUUAAACGAAUACCCGGUCUCAAGUUGUCGGGUCAAGCAUUCGCGGACAUUGUUAUGGUGUUCGAGUUUCUGCAUAAUUUUGGAGAGACUUUAGGCUUUGACAUGGACUCCCUCCCGAGUCUAAAGAGUCUCCAGCUAGCCCUGCUCAACGACGAGGAAGCGGAAGAAGAGAUGUUAUCAGUGAUGACGCACCUACUGGUAUGCGCCAUCGAGGACCCAGGAAUUCCACAACCCGCUAGACACACCACAGGAUUAGGCCAAAGCCUACGACAAGCUGACAUAACGCACGCAAACAUCAGCGAGGUGCUACGAAUCUAUUUGUACGCGAAUGCCACCGGUGAGGUGAAAGCGUUGACCGGGGUCUGUCUGGAACGAGAACGCGACAAGAAGUUCGCCGAUCAUCAUCAGAACGGUGGAGAUUACGCUUCGACCUGUUCAGGAAAGAACGCUCAGUUCUAUGAACAUCUGCACAACAACGAAACCUGGAGGAUGUCUGAAAGAUUGAGGGACAAGCCGUUCUUGGCUCUGAAUCCAACGCACAAGGCGCAGAUGCUCGCGUUCCUCUGCAACGAGCUGUUGCAGAACAAGGCUGUGAUCAGACAGAUCGAAGGGAGCUUGGAGACGGUGGCACAACUUAGGAAGGAGAGAUUCGUUUUGGAUACUAAGAUCAGAAAGCUGAGACAAUUGCAUAGUAGAAAGGUGCGUAUGGAAGCAGUCGGUGUGAUCGUGAACAAGACAGGAGACACCAUUACCAUCGAGAAGAAGGAAGUCGACGAGGAAGGUAACACCACAUCGACGGCAGUGGGAACAACGCCUACUCCUGAUGAGAUCCAUCACGAGGACGAGGUUGAGGACAUGUCUGAGAACGAGAGCGAAGGAACUCAGCCUGAAGAGGAGGAAGACAAGAAUCUGUCCGGCGAAGAGCUUGGCAAAAAAUUGGACAAACUAUUGAAGCAAUCAGAGGAGCAGCUGCAGAAAUUGAACAGCUCCUCGAAGCAACUGCGAGCGCACAUAUUUGGCCAGGACAGGUACUGGAGAAGGUACUGGGAGUUGGCCUGCGCUGGUGGUAUCUUCGUGGAGGCUAUGGAGAGCGCCGAACCGGAAAUCCUAGAGCUCCAGGCUGAACUAGAUGAAAAGUACAAAAACAUGCCGGUGGAAGAUACGAAGUCGGAGGCGAAUCAAGAGGAGAGCAAGUCGAAUGCUGAGAAUCGAGAGAACGAGGCUCCGAACGAUGUUAAAGAGGAGAAGAAAUUUAACUCGAACGAACAAGAAGAGGACGUGAAGCCUUUGUUGGAUAAAACGAAAUCCGAAGUGGAGGAUGUGAACUGCAAGAAGGAACCUGUGCAAAAUUGUGGCUCGGAGAAUUCGACGAACGUGAAGGAGGAGAAGAAGGUUGAUGUGGACGGUUCAAUGACGGACGCUAAGACGAACGUCACUUCAGAAGAAAUUAAACAGGAGACAGAGGUUGUGAACAUGGAUGUGGAUACGAAGGAGGAGACGAAGAAAGAGCACGAAGAGAUAGACGAAGAGAUGAAGCCUAAUGUGAAGAUGGAAGAUAAAAUCGUUGAGACGAUUCCGAAUGGCGACAAGUUCAAUCACGUUAACAAUCUUCAUAAUGGAAAGGAACUGAACGGCACAUUUAUUUCUAAUAACAGCAACGAGUUCAACUGGUUUUCGAUUCUACCGCGAGAAACCUGCGACACUCCAGGACCGAGUACCAAACAGAUAUUUGGAAUAGCUGAACCCACCGAGCUGAGAAUACCAGUGUUCCCUCCACCGGCUAGUCCAAAUUACGACAGAUGCGAUAGUCCAGCACCUUUGAUCCUGACCCAAGACGAGGCAGCGCAGCUGGAGUAUCUGAAAGUACACGGUCUACCUCCUCCGGGAGAGGCUAAACCAGUACCAAAGGAUCUGCGAUACGGUUGGUGGAGAAUACAAGACGUCGACACGUUUCAAGAACUGUUGGAACACCUUCAUUCCCGCGGUGUUCGCGAGAAGGAAUUAAAACGUACAACCUGGGCGACCAUGGAGUCCUUCCUGGCCGUCACAGGUAGAAUCAACGUGGACCCCGGCAACUUAACUGCCACGGAACUGAAAUCUACACCCGACGAUCCCGAUACACCGAUCCCGCAACCGGAUAACCCUGAGAACUGGAGCGAGCAAGUCGCCUUACGCGUGGAUGCGCAACUUUUGGAACAGGUCGAGGCUCUCGAGGACAAGGUCGCCAAUGCCAGCAUGCAGGUCAAAGGCUGGAAGCUACCUCCACGGGCGGGCACCGAGGAGGCUGAAGAAAUUGAGAAACUGAACGAGAUGGAGAAAGUGAGCGCUGUCGAACAGGCGCGACAAAGGUUACUGUCUUUGGAAGCUGCGAUAGAGAGGAGAUACUUGAAACCACCGUUAGGCGUUUGUACGGGCGAUCCAAAUUUGGCAGCCCUAAAGGCUGAACAGGCGGCGGCUGCAAACGCAAACUCGAGUAAUUCGGAUCAGAGCAAUCAGACACCGGUGCCGCCGGAGGAAACGACUCCAAGAGGUCUGAACAACUGGCGAGAAGCAACAGCACGAGCUCACACAUCGGCUCAGCUCGCCAUGGCACUGUACAUGCUGGAGGCCAGCAUCGCCUGGGACAAGAGCAUCAUGAAGGCUGUGAGUCUAACACCAGCUAGAAACUCGGUCUGCGUCAAGCUACGAAACCGCUGCGUCUCACUCAAAGCUACCACUCAGUACAAACAGCUAUUGACUACUUCUCAGGCCUCUAACUGUCAGUUCUGUCACAGUGGAGAUAACGAAGACAAGCUGCUACUGUGUGAUGGUUGUGAUCGCGGCUAUCAUACUUACUGUUUCCGUCCAAAAAUGGAAAACAUUCCUGAUGGUGACUGGUAUUGUCACGAGUGCAUGAACAAAGCAACAGGGGAACGAAAUUGCUUGGUAUGCGGAAAAAGAGUUGGCAAAAACUUAGUGCUAUGUGAACUCUGUCCACGGGCUUAUCAUACCGACUGCCAUAAUCCUGUUAUGCCAAAAAUACCAAGGGGAAAAUGGUAUUGUUCUAAUUGCCACAGUAAACAACCAAAGAAGAGAAAUAGUAGUCGAAGGAGUCAUACCAAAGGAGGAGGCACCAGAGAAAGUGAAAGUUCUGAUCAUCCACCAGCUAGUCCAACGCCGUCAACGGCAUCGAACACGCACGUAGAGGACGUCAGUUCGUCGGAACCGGCAACGCCUACCGCCUCGCCGAGGAAGGAGGGCAACAAUAGGACGCUCACGAAGAAACAACAACGAGAGCUGGCUCCUUGUAAGGUGCUACUCGAACAGUUGGAGCAACAGGACGAGGCCUGGCCGUUCCUUUUGCCGGUGAACACCAAACAGUUUCCGACCUACAAGAAAAUUAUUAAAACACCCAUGGAUCUCAGUACGAUCAAGAAGAAAUUGCAGGACUCCGUGUACAAGUCUCGCGAUGAGUUUUGCGCCGAUGUCAGACAGAUGUUCAUCAACUGCGAGGUAUUCAACGAGGACGACAGUCCCGUGGGGAAGGCUGGACACGGGAUGCGCAGUUUCUUCGAAAUGCGUUGGACCGAGAUUACAGGCGCGCCACCCCCACAUCCGCAAACGCAUAGCUGAGGUUCGGUCCGUUCUCGUAACACCUGCAACAGUUUUGCCCACUUCUAUUACUAGGAGCCGAGUGUGGCUCUAGGAGAGAUCGCUCGAGAGAGAGAGAUUUCGUUCGAAGAGACUAUAAUGAGAAGGCGACACCCGUUUUCCCCGCUGCACGUUUGUUGGCCUCGUUCUAGCGGCCGACAGGACAUCUUCGAUUCUGAUAGUUAUUAAUAAAAGGAAAUAAAAUGCGGAUACAUCUUCGUGCGCGUCGUUACGAGCGUUCUGUUCAUUCGCCUUCUCCUCAGACUUCUUUGUUUCCGUUUCUCGCCGUAAUCGACGCUCGCGUGGACUCUUCUCGCAUCCUUUACAUGCGUACACGAACAUAGAUACAUACACUUAUAAUACUCGAAACGGUACGACGAAUAUUUUCAACGGCUUCGUACUUCUCUUUUUUCCAGUUACGUUUUAGCGACGAGUUUUCACAUUCUGUUCGUCGAAACUCGGAGAUCGUGCGCGUAGGGUAACGGAAAUAGGCACCGGAAGCUGUCACGAUAGAUUAACUGUUUGUGAUUCGGGGAGCUUCGUUGAAAGUCGACGCGUAUUAAUUGAUUAUUGUGUUUUGGAUAGUUGUUCCGCGUCUUAUUCGUUCGUAGUCUUCGACCUCAUCCAUCCCCCUUCGAGUUAUUAAUUACGAAUACACACAAAUGCAGAUGGUCACUGUACUUACCAAGUAAAUUUUUGCCUAAGCAAACACGAGAUGUAAUUUGCGAUUGUAUUAUACAGGCUUAGCGCCGAGCCGUCGGCAAAAGAAAUAUUUUGCAAGAUAAUGAAUGUGAAAAAGCAGAGGUAUACAUAUAUAAAUAUAUAAAUAUAAAUAUAAAUGUAUAAAUAUGAAUAUAGUGUACAUGUAUACUAUAUAGAUAGUCACGUCACACGCGAACAUUCGAACACUCACAUCUUUGCCCAUUUAUGAACGAAAAUCAGCACGAUAAUAAAGGGUAACAUUUGCUGUAGAAUAAGAUGCAACAGGAUGCAAGAUGACAUACGAAGUCAAUCUUCCAGUUAAGGACGGAGUUGAUGCCAUUCCACGGAUUCAUUACCCUUCAGUUUCUUUUCUCUUUUUUUUUCUUUUUAAUUCGCUUGACUACUUAUUUAUUUAUCAUCGAACGGAGAAGAUGUUCGAUAACUCGACGUGAAUCUUGAGAGAGGAUUCAGAAAACUUUGGAGAUUCUUGCAUGUAGGUUUGGAACGUUGUUUCCGUAGAAACGGGGUAAUAUGUGUUUCUAAGUUUAAGAUUAAUUAUUAUGUCGAAAAUGAAUUUCCUGACGGUAUUAACGAAAUUAUCGAAUUAAGCGAAAUUUGUAAAAAAAAAAAUUCGAAUAUGUAUAUAUCUUAUACAUACAUGUAUUCUCCAAUCAUCUCGAUUGUUUAACAGUCUUUUCGGAUAAUUGUGUGUGAGCAUUUUCGACACUUUUUUUAAUUCGCGCUUGAAAUUAACGCUGUAAGAUUCGAAUAUCUUGUUUCGAAGCAAUAUCUAAGAAAUUCAAUUUAACAUUAUGGUGUGUUCAUCGUGUACGUUGAAUGGCAAUUCGCUUUAACGCGUAGCCACAAUUGAAAGAGAAAAAGGCAAGGUAGGCAGGCCAACGAACGAUUGUGUUUUUCGUUUCUCGAAAUUAAAGGAAAGCAGUUUUAAUCCUUCACGUUGCGUAGUUGAGCGUUUAACUACGGAUGCAAAGCGCAGGAGAAUUUUAUCCGCGUCGAGUUCCAAGCGAUAGGAUCUCGUUGUUUGAUUGUUCGAAGUAGCACGCGCGCGAGUUUUUUAAUGCGAUGUUCGAUUUCGAUCUAGGAUUAUAAGCAAUGUGUAAUAAUCUCACGCAGUGUACCCCGAUGAGGUGACGAUGAUUCGACUUUAAGGCAUACUUUUUAAACGAACGAAAUAUAUAUGUAUAUCGUGCGUCAGGGCGUUGUUAGAGCCAUGCUACCAUGUAUGGACGAUGAUGGCGACGAUAACGAUGAUCUAGGAUGAUGGUGGUGUCGGUAGUGAUUCUUUGGAUUAAUAUUGAUAAGCCGCGGUACCUUCGUAAGUGUGACCAUCGCGCGAACGAUAAAACGAUUUAAAAAAAAACACGAAUAAAACGUUAACAAUAUCUUGUUUUUUAUGUAAUUGAUGUACAUUAUUGCUCGUAAUAGCGUUUAGCUAUGUAAUAACGAAGAUUCAAGUGGAAUUAGGGAGAGCGUGAGAGGGAGAGACAGAGAAGAGAGCGGGAGAGAUUAAAUGGUUCGGCCGUAGUGAUAUGUGCUAAACAUUCGUAGUAUGUAAAAGUAUUAGCUAGAUUAUAAAAUGCCGCGUGAAACGAUUACGAUGUAAAAGAUGAUUCGAGAGAGAUGUGCGGGGUGCGGCUGGGACACGAAACGGAUGUACCGUCGUCCUGACGUCGAUCCAAGAACGAUCAGAUCGGUAAGAUCGUAACGAGUAAAAGCGCGCGUCUUUUCUAUUUCAAUUCGUAUCUCUUGAUUUGCAGACGAUGUUAGAGUUUGCGGAACUCGGGGCAAAAAUCGACAUCGUUUCAGAAAUAUAGAAGUUUUUCAAUUUGAAAAGUUUCUAAACUUGGAAAACUUGUGAAUUUCUAAAUUGGAUAAAUUACAAAAUUUGAAGUGCCUCGUUUGCCCAAUGGUAACGGUGGUCCUUAUACAUGGUUAUUCACGCAAUUGAUCGUAUACUUGUGUGCAAAUUGCCAAUAAAAUACAAACAUAUUCGUAAGCAAUAAUGCUCGAUUUUGUGAGUAGCUAUGUAUACAAGUGCUCCACGAUGAAAUCGCCAAAUGUAAUGCCGGCCACCCACAAUGUAUCGUGAAAAUGAUAGAUUUGGUGAAUAUAGAAAUACUACCGAUUCUCAGUAUCUUCAUUGUGGUAGUUGCUAUAACGGCAUAUAGAAUAGCUUUCAUUGACCGCAUCCUAAUACCAUCGAGAUCAUCUCUAAUGUUAACAGAAGUUCAUCAAUAUUUAUUAUCAACUGUAAACCUUCCAUUUAACCCUCAUAAACCCCAUAAGUCGAAUGACUUACGAGGAUCGUCUCAUAGAUGCAAUAGAAUUGUUCAUAUAAGAUUUUUUAUUCUAAAUGACCUGCCAAUGCUGGCAAAGUUUGUUGAUUUCACCGCAGAGUCCCCUUAUUUAUAUUCCUGCAAAUCAAUGAAUUUUAUUUACUUCACCCUGUGACAAUCGUUAGUUUCGAUAGAUAUGUUAUUAUGAUUUGAUAUGAAGCGCAAUGUCGGGGCAUUUCACGAUCUUACUGAACGUUCUUAGGAUAUACGUCAACACGAGCGUACAUGUGAGAAACAUUAUACGUGUACGUUAACUUUAUGCACGCCUUGCACCCUCGUAUAUAUAUAUUAUAAUCGAUGCGUUAGACAUCUCAUACAUUCAGACACACCACCACCAACCAACAACAAGAACAAAUAAUUUUUUAAGAUUCAAUUAUUAUUUAAAUAGUACAGUUACAUUGUUAGUAUGAAUAACGACGCUUUUUAUACGAAUUUUAGUUUUUAACGUCGAUCUUAUGAUAUAUUAUAUGGUAUAAUGAUAAUGACAAUGGUAAUAACAAUAACGAUAAAUGAUAUCGAUAAUGGAAAACAGAUUAUUAAAGAGAAAUGGAAAAAAUAUGCGCAAAUGAGAAAUGGCGAGAGAGAGAAAAAUACGUGAGAAUGAGCGAGAGAAAGAAUUAAUCGAAAGAAAGACACAAAAGAGAGCGUGUGUGUUUAAGUUAGAUGAUUGUCUAUAGUAUAAACGAAGGCAUACGUUAGGUAUGCCUCGAUGCUAUUUAAACAGACUUAAUUAAUGUAUUGCAAAUGAAUUAAUAAAGUGUAAGCGAAGCGUGUA